AUAAAAAGCACCGGUGACGUGCGCGCAGGGAAGCACCCAGCAAUAUGUGCGCGCCCACGGGAGGGGCCGAUAGAAAAUGGCGAGUCUGUGCAAAAGGCAGCAAUGCACGGUAGAGAGGCGCGGCUUUCGGCAGGAACUUGACUCUUGGAGGCACAAACUCAUUCACUGUGUAGGCUUUGAAAGCAUUCUGGAAGGCUUGUUUGGGCCGGGACUAGUCAAAGACAUCACCCUUUUCCAAGACUGCGAGCCCGAGGAAGUGUUUGACUGGUCCUUCGAUGAAAACUGUCUCUUCUGCUGCUUAAGACGCGAGAAAGUCAAGGACGGGCACAGCGUAGAGAAGGUUGGAGGCAGCCAGGUGCUGUCGGAGCAGUCUCGGAUCAGCCGGCUGGAGAGACAGGCCCAAGACUUCCUCAAUGCUGUGUUCCACAGAAAAGACCUCCCAAGUUUCUCAGAACCUCACAUUCCUCUAGUGGCUCGUGAGAUCAUGCAGCGAAUGAUCCGCCAGUUCGCUGCCGAAUAUACCUCAAAAACUACUCAGGACGACUUGCCCCCGCCCAACGGCACCAUGAAGGACCAAAGCCUGUCGAGAGCGGCGUCUCUGGUCGUGGCCCCAUGCUCCCUGCAUGGGCCCCCUCCCGUGCCGAGCUCCCCUCAAUCGUCUGCCUCCUCCUCCCCGCCCCCAACCCCGGGAUCUGGCCUCAGCCCCACCUCAGCCGCCGCUGCUGCCUCAGCACCCGCCUGCACCCAGAGCAGCAACGGCACGGGGGCCAGUAACGGUGGAAGAGGAGGAGGUACGGCUGCUGCCUCUGCACAGAAUCCCGUCCUCAGCAAGCUUCUCAUGGCCGACCAGGACAGCCCGCUGGACCUCUCCGUCAAAAAGAACGAGGCGGACCCGGAGCCCAGCCAGCAGGAUGGCGUCCUGGACCUCUCCACCAAGAAGAACCAGAGCGCAGGCAACCUUAAAACCUUCCCCGGUUUGUCCCCGGAGCCCAGGGUCAAAGGACGAUCUAUCAAAGUGGAACAUACCCUGCCAGAGGUGGAUGACGACGGCCUGCUGCAGAGAAGCUUGCAGGACGGACUGAGGGAGGACUACGUCAACUCCAACUCCUUCAAGCCGCCAAUAGCCCACUCACUGCGUAUCAAGGAGGAGCUCCUCAACCAGAAGCACCGCCUUCUGAGCCAGCCUGCUGCUCUUUCAUUGGCUAAUCUAGAAUCAGCUGGCUUGCUCAAUCAUGCGCAGACCUACUCCUUGCUCGGCCAAAAGGGCUCUUCCUCUUUCUGGGGAAGCAAGGCCCACCUCGAAAGCCUGAUGAAGCUAAAGCAGGCCAGUGGAGCUCUGAGCGGGGCCCUCAGUGACCUCAAAGACCUGCCUACAUUCCUGGAGAAUCACCACAACCACCACGGAGCCUUCUCCUUUAAAAGUCACCAUCACCACCACAAUCAGGUGUCCAAGGCCCAACACCACCACAAUGAAGGCAAGAGGGACCAGGGCCACUCACCUCCCGUCGACCUAAAGAUCCCCCAAGUUCGGGGCAUGGAUCUCUCCUGGGACUCCUCUGCCUCUGAUCUGUACGGCUACGGCGCCAUGGGGGUCGGGGGUGGUGGCCAUGGGGAGAACAACCUGAGUCGGAAGCUGAGAGCCAUCCUGCCCAAGCAGAACCGCCGGGGAGGAAGCCUUGGAAGCCUGCUGGACGGGGCGGCUGACUACUGGAGCUCGGACUUGGACCACUCCAGUUCCGGGCCAGCGUACUCCACGUCCGACGUGGAAGGGGAUCCAAACUCCAAGCAGCCGAGGAAGAAGAGGGGCCGUUAUCGCCAGUACAACACAGAGAUCCUGGAGGAAGCCAUUACCGUUGUGAUGAGCGGGAAGAUGAGUGUGUCCAAGGCUCAGAACAUGUACGGGAUCCCGCACAGCACCCUGGAGUACAAAGUCAAGGAGCGUAUGGGAACCCUGAAGAACCCCCCAAAGAAGAAGCUCAAGCUGAUGAUGAAGAUGGAAGCUGGAGGCCAGGAAUUUCCUCAGACGGAGUCGGAGAACAUGCCAACCGCAACCCCACGAGACAACAGCCCCCCGCUGGCUGCUGUUGAGCUCAAGGACAAUGUAAAAGAAGAGAUUGAUGACGAUUUCAAACCAAUCGACUAAACGACUUACACAUGUAAACCUCAGUCAAUGACUCAAGCAGUUUGAAAAUGGAUGGGGCUUUAUUUGUGCCAAUUUACUUAGCAGUAUCUGGGUGAGCACAAAUGCAGGGAUAAUAUGAGGAGGAUUCUUACACACUGGAGAUAAACUAAUCGGAUGGUUUUAAACUACCGUCGUUUUAGCGAUGCUGUAUAAGGAUUUGUUUAGCUUUUAUAUCCAGGGGCUUAACAGAUGCAGCUAAAGACAGUUAAGUGACAAUUAAUGAAAUUUCCGUACGCAUGCUGAUAAUCCUAGACCCCAAAACCCAAUCCCCCUCUUUUCUUAACUUGACACACCGAUCCAUUGCUGCUUAUAAAUGCAGUUUGGGCUUUGGACCAUUCCAAUUUGGAGAAAAAAUGAGGGGAGGGUUGAAAAUUAACUCCUUUAAAAACUGACAAAUUAGCCUCUUUAUGCUCCCCUCUCUCAUGGAAUACUAGCUGAAAAUUGGUAAGUGAACUGUCUAUUACAUUUGAAGCCAACUGUAAGGUUUAAUCACACCAUUGAUGUUCCUCGCCGGGGUUCUGAAUCAAAACCCAUUCUCUUAUUGCCAGGUAGCCAUGACGCUUUAACUGCAACACUUUUCUUUCCUCCUUAAAAUAUUCUGCUUAUCUCUGUGUGGACGAAAGCAACAUUAACCCGUCCUUUUUGAAUGAGAAAAGACACACAAAAGUCAUUCAGGGAUGCAUGUUUGUGAGUUUCGUGGAUACUACUGACUUCUGUAAUCAACUUCUUAUCCUUUUUCUUUUCAUUUGAUUAGUUUUGCUUUCUUUUGCACUACACUUUUGGGUCUGGCGCUUACAGACCUGGUUACCUCGGCAUUGUUGCAUUUGCAUCAUGCACUUAUUAUGGUCUGUCUCUGAAGCCCAGUCGCAACCUGGUAACGGGUCAGAGGUGCACGUCGUCUGCGUACGCUGAUCCAAAAUCAGAUCCCGGGAAGCUAUAAAACCCUCUUUUUUUUUCGCCAAGAGACAAGUUGAGGGGGAAAUCUGAUUGUGGAUCAGCUGUUUUUCAGGCGAAUGCUACCUCAUGGACCUCCAUCAGGGUCUCACUGCUGAUCCUGGAAUGCCGGAGCCGCCUUCAGGUUGCCCCGCAAACGGUUGCCGAAGUCAGCUCAUCCCUUGCAUGGAGAUCUUUAUUGGAGGAAGGCCUUUUAGGAUCAGAAUGUGAAACUCUGCUGCUAUCCACUUGAUUAUCUAGCUCCUACACAAGGCUUUAGCUAGUCUUUAGCUAACAACAACACAUUGCUGAUGUUUUUUUGUUGUUUUUGUUCUAAUCAAACUAAGCAGAAGUGGCUUAGCUGACUAGUUUUUAAAGAUAUUCUUCACCCUCAAACCUCAAAGACAGUUUGAACGGCAGUUUACAACGACAAUGUGCAUUUAUAGAAGGUUCAUUUUGGGAUGGUGGGUGGGCAAUAUGCAUUGGGGGGGGGGUGUAGUUGAUAGAAGCGAGGGAAAAGCAGAUUUAAUAUAUUAUAAAUUAUUAUGACUGAUGAUGUAAAAGCCAAUCUUUUGAUUCUGGAUGAUUUCUUUUCUCCUCUUUUUUUAAACUCAGGGUGACUGAGACAGAUGAUGUGGGUUUUAAAUAUGGUUACUUCCUGUUGGACCUAUAACAGACAAAACAGAAGGACAAGACGCACCUCUCACUAAUGCUUUGUCUGCGAGGAAAGGCCAUAUAGCAUAUGUAAUUGCUAACGAAUCAUGACAAAGAACAGAAAACACUGACGCUGGGUUUUGGGGAUCCAACUCAUGGCGCUAAACUUCAUAAAUAGCACUUUUUUUAAAAGUAAGCAAAAACACAAGAGAAAGAAAGCUGUUUGAGGUUAUGCACGUAGUGUAGCUCUGCUCUGUGGGAUACAGACCAGGGAGCGAUUAGGAGGGGAGACAUGGAAGAAAAAAGCUUUAGUGUGUGAGGACUUUUGGAAAGCUGCAGCUUGGACCCAAACUACUUCUUUUGUUUUCCUCUCAAUGACCUCCAUGAUUAAAGACAAAAAAAAAGAAGAAAAAAAUGGUCAACAGAUUGAACAAGUUGAGUUUUGUGUAGUGUCGUCUUGUUGUUCCCCCCCCGCCCGUGCAGAAAGCAUAUCCCUCAGAGGAGACAGGUGGAAAGGGAAAAACAAGCUCCUCUGGGAUUUCACAUCAGGAAAAGAUUGAAGGAGAUGACAAAAAAACGUUUUGGGUUGUCAUGUUUUUGUGCGCUGUGGUAAAUGUUGCUCUUCGCUCCCUAACACUGCCUGGUGCUCACCCAGUCUGUGAGAUUUUUCACAUGAGAACUGUACCUCUCUGUUCAGAUGAAACACUGAUGAUUCACUCCUUUGAAAUGUAUUGUACAUUUUAUUUAUUUGAUUGUUUUUUUCUUUUUCUUUGAUUAUUCUCUUAAAAAUGGCAUGCACCACUUUUCUUUGGCUGAUUUUGCGGUCGGACCAAUUGAAUAUAUGUAUACAUAUUUGGAGGAUUUCAACAAAAUCUCAAACUCAUUCGAAGUUAUGAAUGAACCACAAUCUAAUUAGAGUACUACCUGUUGAAUUCAAUCCUAAAUUUCCCCACUGUGGUCACUGGUUACCCAUUUUUAAGAUUUUUAGCUUCCUUGGCUUGAUUGGCAGUUAUGAAUGGCCAAUGGGAAGUGCUUUAGAAGAGUCCCCCAUGGACAACAGUAAUCCCGGGGGACAUCAUGCAUGAAAUGCGUCCUACACUUUGACAAUGCUCAGCAUUUGAAGUGUCUAAAAGGGUUGUCGUGCGCGUUGAGUUGGACCCAGCGAAGGACAACGCACUGAUCUGAUAGUUAAAACAGGAUUGAAGCCCCAACCAUGUCAAAAUAAAGCACUUAUUAUGACCAAGCCUCUGAUAAAAGGCAUGGCAGCUGCCCGCUUAUAGCCAGCUGUGAAUACAGUUAGACAACACGUGAACAAAAGCCUGUCAACCUGUAUCAUGUAAUGCAUGUAAAGCAUUGAUUUGAAUAGUGUUAGUGGCAUCUAAUGCACCAAGUUUGCAUGGAUGAACUCCAACAGCACUUAGACCGGAUUCCCCUGAGAGGGGCAAUUCCUUAAGGGCCAAACUCUUUCUGUGUAUAACUUACACAAAUCUCUAAAUCCUUUACAAAAAGAAAUCUCUCUUCCUUCAAGACAUUCUUGACCUUUCUGUUCAUUCGGCUCUUGCUAUACAUUUGCGAAUGCUUUCUAAAAAAAAAGUCCCAUUUUCAGCCUGCUCUUAUCUACUGAGGUGCAUGCCAUUUGAGGUAUAUUUAUUUCAUUUGAUUUGAUUUUUCUUCUUUAAAGUCAUGUGGACGGCUCCCCCUGUCCAAAAAAAGUCCUCCUUCUUGCAACUGAGUCUCACUGCUGUUUUUAAAGAAACCUCAUACUAUAUUAUAUACUUAAGAGAACAGUAUAUAUCUAUUUAUAUACAUAUAUAUUAACGAAUACUCGCAUAAUGAAUGUAGUGAACAGAAAUGAAUAUCUCAAACUU